AUGUUUAAACUUCCUCUCUCGUAUUUAUCCUUAAGGUGCCUCUCAUCCCUCAAAUCAUCACUUGCUCGAAAUACGCCAGGUCGGCGUUACAUGGCUUCAAGUACCUCAGCUCUAUAUAACUGGGAAGAUCCCUUAUCUUUAGAAACACAACUCACUGAAGAGGAGAAAGCUAUUAGAGAAACAGCACGAGAGUAUUGUCAACAGAAGCUUUUUCCUCGUGUGUUAAAAGCAUAUCGUAAUGAAGAGAUUGGUUUAUUGGGCGCUGCAAUAAAAGGUUAUGGAUGUGCUGGUGUAUCUUCAGUUGGGUAUGGUCUUAUUGCACGUGAAGUUGAGAGAGUUGACAGCGGUUAUCGCUCUGCUAUGAGCGUUCAAUCUUCUUUAGUGAUGCAUCCUAUUGACACAUUUGGUACAGAAGCUCAAAAAGAAAAAUAUCUACAUAAACUUGCAAAAGGGGAAUUGGUUGGCUGUUUUGGCUUGACUGAACCUGAUCAUGGAUCAGAUCCGGGUGGAAUAACGACUACUGCACAUAAAGAAAAUGGAGUCUAUAUUCUAAAUGGAUCAAAAACUUGGAUCACAAAUUCGCCAAUUGCUGAUGUGUUUAUAGUUUGGGCGAAAACAAAAGUAGACAAUAAAAUACGCGGUUUCAUAUUGGAAAAGGGGAUGAAAGGUUUAUGGACCCCUAUAAUAAAAGGAAAGUUGUCACUUCGUGCCUCUAUCACUGGAAUGAUUAUGAUGGAUAAUGUGGAGGUACCAGAGGAGAAUUUACUUCCUAAUGUUCACGGUCUUAAGGGACCGUUUGGUUGUUUAAAUAGUGCUCGAUAUGGAAUUGCGUGGGGUGUGCUUGGAGCUGCAGAAUUUUGUUUAGCACAAGCACGUGAGUAUGCCCUUAAUCGACGUCAGUUUGGAGUACCGAUAGCUAAAUUCCAAUUAAUCCAGCAAAAAUUGGCUGAUGCCAAUACAGAGAUAGCUAUUGGUCUUCAAGCUGUUCUACAAGUUGGUCGAUUGAAGGAUCAAGGAAAAGCUGUACCGGAAAUGAUUUCGCUUAUAAAGCGUAAUUCAUGUGGCAAAGCUUUAGAUAUUGCUCGGUCUAUGAGAGAUAUACUGGGCGGAAAUGGGAUUAACGAUGAAUAUCACAUUAUGCGUCAUGAACAAAAUUUAUGUACUACAAAUACUUAUGAAGGGCGUGCUAUAACUGGACUUCAGGCAUUUACUGCUACUCAUGAAAUAAAUUAG